AAACCUGGGGGCGCUCUCUUCAUGCCCUGAUUGGGAGUACAUGCCACACUCACCUGCUCAACUGAGAAAGGCGUUACCAUGCCAGGUAAAGGGAAAAAAGGAAAAGGCCGGGCCAAGUCUCGCGGGAAGAAGCAGAAGAAACAGGAAGUGGACAUCCUCAGCCCAGCGGCAAUGCUGAACCUCUACUACAUCGCCCACAACGCGGCCGACUGCCUGCACCUGCGGGGCUUCCGCUGGCCAGGGGACCCCAAGGCAAAGAAAGGGAAAAACAAGACUUAAGGGAUGGCGUUUCACAGUAUAUCUCUCUCUUACAGAGAGAGAGAUUGGGAGAAGAGAAAUCAGGGUAAUACAACCAGUGCAAGCAAAAUGGACUUUGCUAAAGGCAACUUGGGAUGGAAGCUUCCUGUGGUGGUUAAUGAUAAAGAAAUGCAUUUUACUUCCUCGGCUCAAUCCGGGUAUGGUUAGCCAGGUUGGUUUUUCAGAAGUUAAGGGGAGUAAAGACUGAGUAAUUCCUACACAGCGUGGUGUAAUCAGUAGGACUUUAAAAAGUUACUACAA